GUGGGACGUGCGUCCAGCUGGUGGUUAGAAGCUUUGCCCUCUGCAAAGACGUUCUUCCGUCUUCUUGGCUCUACAGUAGAAGAAACUCUGCGUAGAAACUCUUCAGGACAGCUUUCUGGACCUCCAGUUUGGAAAUCAACACUCGUCUCACAAUGGCAGCAAUUGGAAACCGCGGAACAGUGACUGAGGCGGCUGGCUUUAACGCAGAGGCAGAUGUCCAGAAGCUUCGAGAAGCCAUGAAGGGAGCUGGCACGAAUGAGGCAGCUCUCAUCGAGGUCCUAGCUCACCGGACUAUCGCCCAGAGGCAGCGCAUCAAAGAGGCCUACAAACAAAUAGUUGGAAAGGACCUGGCUGAUGAUCUGUCCUCGGAGCUGAGUGGGAACUUCAGGAGCGUCGUUCUCGGUCUGCUGAUGCUGGCGCCUGUGUACGAUGCCUACGAGCUGAGAACUGCCAUGAAGGGGGCCGGAACAGAAGAGGCAUGUCUCAUCGACAUUCUCGCUUCGAGAUCAAAUGCUGAAAUAAAAACCAUCAAUGCGUUCUACAAGAAAGAAUAUGAGAAGAACCUGGAGGAUGCUGUGUGUGGGGACACAUCUGGAAUGUUUCAGAGGGUUUUGGUCUCUUUACUCACGGCUGGACGGGAUGAAAGCGACAACGUGGACGAGGCCCAGGCGGUCCUGGAUGCCAAGGAAAUCUACGAGGCCGGUGAAGCUCGAUGGGGCACAGACGAGGUUAAAUUCCUUACAGUGCUUUGUGUAAGGAACCAAAAGCAUCUGCUGCGAGUGUUUGAGGAAUAUCAGAAGAUUUCUGGAAGGUCAAUUGAGGACAGCAUUAAGAGGGAGAUGUCUGGCAGUCUGGAGGACGUCUUUCUGGCCAUAGUGAAAUGCAUAAGGAGCAAACCAGCCUUCUUUGCAGAGCGAUUAUACAAAUCAAUGAAGGGCCUGGGCACCACAGAUACCAUCCUCAUCAGAAUAAUGGUUGCCAGGGCAGAGAUUGACAUGCUGGACAUUAAGGCUCAGUUCCUGAAGAUGUAUGGAAAGACUCUCUACUCCUUCAUCAAGGGAGACACAUCCGGCGACUACCGCAAAAUCCUGCUGGAGCUGUGUGGAGGCGAGUAACAGAAUCAUCUCAGCAACAUCCAGCUACGUUUUUGUUCUGAAAGCCACUUUCUUUCAGGCUUUUUAACUCUUCCUUUAACAUUUCACUGAUGGACACAGUGCCUUGUUUUACUGUUUAUAAAACCAAUUAAACCAAAGACCAGUGACCUUUUA